AUGACGGUCAACGUAUUUGCUGUCCCGAUCUUCUUCAUCUGUUUCCGUGAGACACUGGAGACCAGCAUUAUUGUCUCGGUUUUGUUGGCCUUCCUGAAGCAAACUCUGGGCCAUGACAGUGAUCCCGUCACAUACAAGAGACUCAGGCGUCAGGUAUGGCUUGGCACGAUCCUGGGUCUAGUCAUUUGCAUCGUCGUUGGCGCUGGCCUGAUUGGAGCCUUCUACGGCCUGGGCAAAGACAAGUGGUCAGGCACCGAGGACAUCUGGGAGGGAUCUUUCAGCAUCUUCGCAUCCCUCGUCAUCUCCAUCAUGGGUGCUGCCCUUCUCCGCGUGUCCAAACUCCAGGACAAGUGGCGUGUCAAGCUCGCCAAAGCGCUCGAAGUCAAGGACAGCACCAAGCGACGUGGCACUCUCCGAGUCCGCUUCAAGCUCUGGUGUGAGAAGUACGCUUUGUUCAUCUUGCCCUUCAUCACCGUUCUUCGUGAAGGUCUCGAGGCUGUGGUCUUCAUUGGAGGCGUGAGCCUGGGUCUUCCUGCUGUCUCCUUUCCCCUGCCAGUGGUCACUGGCAUCGGGUCUGGUUGCUUGGUCGGAUACUUCAUCUAUAGAGGAGGCAACUUCGCUCCGAUUCAGACCUUCCUGAUCAUCUCAACUUGCUUCUUAUACCUGGUCGCUGCCGGCCUGUUCUCCAAAGCUGUCUGGGACUUCCAGAUGCACAAGUGGAAUUCGCUCACUGGCGGUGACGCAGCGGGGACUGGGUCUGGUCCGGGAAGCUACGAUAUUCGUCAAAGCGUCUGGCAUGUCAACUGCUGCAAUGCCGAGGUUAACGGUGGCGGAGGAUGGGGAAUUUUCAACGCCCUCUUCGGUUGGGAAAACAGUGCAACUUACGGCUCUGUCCUCUCGUACAACUUCUAUUGGAUUGCAGUCAUCAUCGCCUUCCUCGCAAUGCGAUAUAAUGAGAAAGAAGGUCACUGGCCAUUGAUGAAGCCCAAAACUGCCUCCUCCGAAGAGAAGGUGAGCGAUAGCAGUAGCGAAGAAGGAGUUGGCAUGGCAUAUCCCGCGAAGAGCGCCAAUGCUGAAGAUAUCCUGACAAAAAUGCGAAGUAUGGGUUCAUCGUCGCCUGCAUGA